CACCCGCCGGCUCUGCUCCAUCUCCCUCUCCCCUCUUUCCACCCUUACCUCUCGUCUCGCGCGUGGCUGCGGAACGCUGGCUCUCUCUUCGCCGACGCGCCUGCACCUCUCCUCUCGCCGCUGCCGCACGUCACACUCCUCACCCCUCACGAGUCACGACCUCCCUCCCUCCCGCCCAUCCCGCUCCGCACCAAGUGCGACGAGCCACCCGCCGCCCGCAUAGACCGCUCUCUGCAUCUCUUCGCCGCAUCCGCACAUCCUUCCUCGCCGGCGUCUCGGCCCAGCAGGCACCAUGCGUGCCUCGUCGUCGCUCGCGCGCGCCGCCGUGCUGCUCUCGGCAGCCAGCGUCGUCGCCGCAGCCGACUUCCCUUACAUCGACUUUGAGGGACUCGGGCAGGUGGCCAUCUCGGGCAGCUUCCAGGGCGUGCAGGUGUGGAACCAAAACGUGUCGACGCUGAGCAGCACGGGCGCGUUCAGCGCCGAUGCUGGCUCGCUCCUUACGCUUGCGCCCAGCGGCCAGCUGGCCAAGGUGGGCGCGACGGGCGAGGGCGGGGCGAUCCGCGCCAUCUGCCAGCGCAGCGACGGCGUCAACGGCACCGUCUUCGUCGGCGGCACGUUUGAGACGAUCAACGGCAGCGCCGUGAGCAACAUUGCCGCGUACGACCCGGCGUCGCGCUCCUGGAGCGACCUGGCCGGCGGCCUCGACGGCGCCGUCGAGGCGCUGUACUGCGACGAGGAGCACGGCACGCUCAUCGCCGGCGGCUCCUUUGUGCGGCCGCGCUCGCCGCCGGCCGAGGAGGCGGAGCGCUUCCUCGGCGGCGUGGCCAGCUGGUCGUACGCUGCAGGCAGCUGGAGUCCCGUCGUGUUCGGCGGCGUCAACGGCACCGUCGACACGAUCACGGCCGGCUCCAACUCGUCCAACAUCCGCCUGCUCGGCGCCUUUGAGAUGCAGUUCUCCUCGGCCGCCGGCACGAACAUGUCCACCUCGGGCACCAACACGUCGGCGUCGAGCCUCACAAUUGCCAUGGCGCCGCUGCCGCUGGGGCAGAGCGAGUUCCAGGGCGGGCCCGUGUCGUCGAACCGCGACUAUGCCAACCCAGCGCAGAUCCUCUGUCCGCGCGGCGACGACGGCCCCAACAACACGUUCCUCUUUGCCGACAAUGCGCCGGGCCGCCUGACGCUGCGCACCUUCCGCAGCCUCUCUGCGCGCGCGCUGCGCCUCGCAAACACCUUCGUCGACGGCCGCGGCACGCGCACGUUUAGCGUCGUCUCGAUUCCCGACAACCAGGUGCUGACGAUGGUGUACGUCGAUCCCGCGACGCAGCAGAACGUGACGUGCAGCGACGCGUGCACGCUGGCGCACGACGCAAACAUUCCGUACCAGGACUUUGUCUUUGCCGACCUGCCCGAGAGCGGCGCGCAGUCGGGCGUGCGCGAGCUGACGGGCAUCCAGCUGACCGUGUCGGAGUGGUACGGCGCCGGCGCGGGCCUGCACAGUCUCUCGCUCCUCUCCGAGGGCGCCUUUGCCUACGCCUACGGCGGCUACAACCGCGGCCGCUGCAGCUCUGAGCAGCCGGGCGUCAACUCGACCGACUCGACGACGACGAGCGAGGGCGGCUGGUACCAGACCAACACGGUCAUCGGCGGCGCCUCGGCGCCCGUGCUGGCGUACCAGGACAGCUACAGCAACCUCGCGCAGGCCGCCUCGUCGGUCAGUCUGCGCUGGGACGUCGAUGCACACUACAAUGGCAACUACUCGGCCUACCUCUACGUGCCCGGCUGCACGGCCGCGGGCCAGUGCGGCCAGCGCACCGACGUCCUCGUCACCACCAUCGCCCAGGCCAACGUCGCCGGCAGCGAGAUCCGCGUCAGCCAGGCCGUCGAGGACGACACGCGCGUGCUCGUCUACUCCGGCCCCGUCGACCGCACCUCGGACACCUUCAAGCCUAGCAUCACGCUCAGCAUCCCGCAGGACGCGGCAGCGCCGACGCGCGGCGACAACUUCAUCGUCGUGGCGGACAAGGUGUCGCUGUACCUGCGCUCCAGUCCCGAUCUCUUCCAGAUGGUGCAGGCGCGCGGCUUUGGCAUGCUCGAGUACAACGUGUUCGAUGUGGCGGGCAUGCCGCUCGAGAACGGCACGCAGGUGCUGUCCAACAACUCCCUCAACGCCUUCUCCAACUUUGGCUCCACGCUCGUCGCCAACGGCGUGAACCGCACGCAGGGCCACACGCUCAGCAGCGCCGCGAGCCUGCUGGCCACGACGUUUGUCGGCGGCAACUUCAGCAGCCGCACGACGGACAUCGCACAGGAGGGCUUUGCCAAUCUCGUCAGCUUCGCCGACGCCAGCGGCGGCUCCAACUACACGCGCCUGGCCGGCGGCGGCCUCAACGGACCCGUGUCGAGCCUCGUGGCCAUCGACGAGCGUCUCUUUGUCGGCGGCAACUUCAGCGCCACGGCCGACGGCUCGACGCUACUGAGCAAUUUGGCAGAGUACGACGUGCGCGCCAACACGUGGAAGCCAAUCAGCGGCGCGCCGGACGGUGCCGUUCUGACGCUCGCCGCCUUCCGCAACUCGUCGCUCCUCGUCACGGGCGCGUUUGAGUCGCGCAACAAUGGCGCAGACAGCGCGGCGGGCUAUGCGGUGUGGGACACGACGUCCGACGCGUGGGUGCCGCAGGAUGGCCUGCUGAUCGGCAGCAUCGACUCGGUCAGCGCGCCCAACUCGGCCGACGGCCUGACGUACAUGGCGGGCGCCGUCUCCGGCCUGAGCACGUCGAGCGCGUCGGGCGCCGCACGGCUCAAUGCGCCAGAGGAGGAGGGCGGUGCACCGACCAUCGAGGCGCUCAACUACUCCUUCCGGCGGCAGGACCAGGCAGCAUCAGCUAUGCCCGCGGCACCCGAGGGCCUGCUGGCGCUGCGUGCCUCGGCGCGCCGGCUGGCAGGGCGCGUCAUCUCGGGCGAGGAGGAGCAGUCGCGCCGCCGCGUGCACUCCAGCCGUGCGCUCAUCUCGAGCGGCAGUCUCUCGGGCCGCUCCAGCGGCGGUCUGACGCGCUGGCUCUCUUCUGCGCUCCUCUCGCGCAGCGACGAGCAGGCUGUCGGUGCGCGCACCAGCCUGACGCGCCGCGCCGACGCCAUGGAGCCGCCGAGCCUGGCGAGCAACGGCGACGAGGAUGUGCUGGCGUCGGCCUUCUGGCAGCGCGGCGACGACGACUUUGUCUUUGUCGUCGGCGGCAACUUCACCACGAGCGAGGGCAUCGUGAAUCUCGGCUGGUACGACUACAAGACGAGCCAGCUUAACCGCUUCCCGCAACUGCCUGCCUCGUCGAACCUCACCGUCAUCCGUGCCCUCUACGUCGACGGCAACCAGCUCUACGCGGGCGGCGAUGGCGGCCUGCAGAUGUUUGACUUUGGCUCGAUGGCCUGGCUCUCGGACGCCGCGACACUGAGCGUGGAGGGCGGCGCCACGGUGCUGAGUGUCUCGGACAUUGACCACCGGCCCGACUCGUCGACGAUGAUCGUGGCAGGCACGUUUGACAACGCCGGCAGCCUGCCGUGCGCCAACAUCUGUGCCUGGGACACGCAGACGCGCCGCUGGAGCCAGCUGGGCGCCGGCGUGCGCGACGGCCAGAUCUCGGCCAUUGACUUUGGCGGCAGCAAGGCGGGCACCGUCGUCGUCGCCGGCUCGAUGACGAUCAACGGCGCAGAGGCCUCGCUGGCCACGUACGACCUUGAGCGGCAGGUGUGGACGGCGCUCGGCUCCGUCGGCUCGGGCGAUGGGCAGGUGCCUGGUCCAGCGACGGCGCUUUCCGUCGACGACCUCAACCUGAACUCGAUCUUUGUCGGCGGACGCACCACAGACGGCCAGCAGCCGUACCUGGCAAAGUGGAACGGCCAGAGCUUCCUUACGCUGGCGCCCGACGAGCUGCUCUCCGAGACGGGCAUCGCGCAGCUCUCGUUCGUCGGCAUCACGCGCGCCCACCCCUCUAACGACGUGCUCGAGAACAACCGGCUGCUGGUCGUCUCGGGCGCGCUCAACAUGCGCGACUUUGGCAACGUCUCGACGGCGCUCUACGACGGCAACUCCUGGACGCCCUUCCUCAUUGCCACGGCGUACGGCGGCGGCCUCGGCGCCAUCCGUGCCUUUACGCGCUCGACCGAGGUGCUCUCCUUCCCCAACCUGCGCCACCUGGCCGUGGGCAUCGUGAUUCUCAUCUCGAUUGCCAUUGGCCUCGGCAUCGUCUUCCUCCUCGUGCUCCUCGGCCUGCUCUGGGCGCUGCUGCGGCGCAAGGACCGCCGCGGCGUCGAGGUGCCCAUCUCGCCCUCCGACGACACCCUCGGCCACGCCGGCGAGAAGAAGCAGCCGGCAGAGCUGCUCGCGACGCUCAAUGCGGCGACGGAGGGCGCCAUGGGCGGCGGCGCCGGCCACGAGCGCGGCAGCGUCGACAAUGCGCAGAUGGCCGGCGUCGGUGCGGGCGCCGCCGGUGCGGGCGCCGCGGGCUUUGGCGCUGCCGCUGCCGCGGCCGCCAGCACGAGCCACGGGCAUGCCGAGUCGUCGGCGCACCACGGCGGCGGCGGCACGACGCUCGACCACAGCGACCCCAGCACGGCGUACCACUCCGAACGCACGGGCCAGACGCAGUACUACAGCGGCGACGACGGCGGCGCAGGCGGCGCAGGCGCAGGCGCGGCGGCGGUGGGCAUGGCGUAUGGCGGCAUGGACGACGAGGAGCGCGAGGGCAUCGAGGCACAUGCGCGCUACUCGUUUGAGGCUACACACCCGUCCGAAGUGUCGAUGCGCGCAGGCGAUACCAUCUUCGUGCUCGACGACGGCGACGAGUCGUGGUGGCUCAUUGCCCGGUUAGACGGCCAGACGGGCGUCGUGCCGGCCACGUACGUGCUGUAAAGAGCGCCGCGAUCCGUGCGCCCACGCCUCCUCUCGCUCGAUCUAUUCUCCCUCUUGGCCCAGCAGGCCGCCACACUCUUUUCGCACUCUUUACCUUGCCUUGCCCUACACACUAAACCCACCGCCCCUCGGCACACUUGUCCCCAGUCGUCUCUUCUACGCGCGCGUGAUGCUGCCUCAUGUGCGCACCGCCGCUUCUUCCUUCUGCUCUCGCGCGCACCCUUUCUUCUGCGCUGCAUCACCCCACCCCUCGAUACCACACAGAUGGCGGUGAACCCCGCUGUCCGCCUGAAAGUACCGUUUUGCAAGCUCGGCGC